AUGAUGUUCAAGACUCUCCUUCUCGCCGCGGUCGGCGCCUCCGCCUUGUCUCUCCCCGUCGUGAGCUCAGCAGAGGUCGAGCGGAGGGAGACCUGCGUGUACACAUGCGGAUCGGUGUGCUACUGGCAAUCAGACAUCGAUGCGGCCCUGGCACAGGGUUACUCGGACUACAAGAGCGGUACCGCACCUGGUGGCUAUCCUCACGAGUAUGAAGACUAUGAGGGUUUUUCGUUCCCCAGCUCCGGACCGUGGUACGAGUUCCCGAUCUUGUCGAGCUACAGUGUCUACACUGGCGGCGCCCCUGGAGCGGACCGCGUGAUUUUUGAUUCCAAGGGGACCUUUGACAGCCUGAUUACCCACACUGGUGCUUCGGGCGAUGACUUUUUGGCGUGCAAGAAGGAUUAG